GAGGUAAUCUCAAGAUGGCGUGAAACGUGUUAGGGAGAUGGUAACGCGAGGUUGUGAUUGGCUAAGAUCGAUGGAGGUUGCCAUAGUUACCCCAGGGGUGAGAAUGGUUUAAUUUCCGGGCCUUUCCGUUUCCUUGUGAGCUGCUUGCGUUGUUUAGCUUCUAACACACAGGAGUGAUCUGAUUUGACGACCGUUUUAUCUUUUCUGAAAGCCACCUAUCUACCAGUUCUUCCGCUUUUGAAAUAUAUUACCCUUUAUUUUUUUUGUUCGGAUGUGUUGUUGGACUGGUAUCUGUAAAUCCGUGCAGCGCCCAUGUAAGUGUCGAAUAUACAUUACAUACUUCUUUCCAGCGUGUGGCGCUAGUGCGCUUGUCCGAGUUUUGUUGACGGAAGUUCCGACGGAAGUAGAGUAAAGCAGCGAUGGUGCGGCUGAAGUCGAGGUAUUUACUAUGCGAAGUCAACGUGUCGGACAGGAGCCAGCUGUUGCUGCUCGACGACCGAGCAAUUAUGGUGGCAGUGAAGGCAGCGGUAGCCCGCACACACGGGGACUAUGGGGCCGCUAUGUGUAGCAUUAGAUUUUGUGUUAAAUAUCUGAACGCUCACACUGGAAUAGUAUUUCUACGUUUUCCCAAAAGGUGUUACAAACUCCUGUGGUCUGCAUUGCCUUUCAUUACCAGCAUUGAAACUCGUGGGCAAAAAAUUCCCUGCUUUUUAAACUGUUUGCAUGUAGGAGGUAAGAAAAAACUGUAAACUAAUAUUUCAGAAUGAAAAAUACAUACAGUACUGUGCAAAGGUGUUGAGCCACUCAUUGUUUCUUCAAAAAAAUCUGAAAUAGUUACAUUGAUUUAUUGAAACGUGCGCGAUCAUAAAUUUAAAUACUGUAUAUAAGGCAAAAACAGAGUUUGUACAAUUCAAAUGAGUUUGAAAAUCAAUACAGGGUUUGACCACCUUUAUUAUUCAACACAAUCUGAACUAUCUAAUGUCAUUUCAUUAAGUAGUCUUCAGGAAUAGUUCUCCAGGCUUCUUCAUGCACAUCCAAAGCUGUUCUUUGGUUGUUGGCUGCCUUUUUUUCCUUUCUUUGUCAAGGUGAUCCCACACUGCUUCAAUGAUG